AUGACCAUCUCACAUAUGAAUCACGCCGUAUCGAAGACUAGUGAAAAUAAGGUUUCAAAUACAGUAAGCCCCACACAAGAUAAAGACGCGAUCAGAAAACAACCCGAUGACACUAUAAAUAAUAGUGAACCUUUGCAUAAGAAGUCAAAAGUAGCACAGCCGGCUUCCUUGAUGGAAACCAAGAUAACAAAUAGGCUUGGGCACACUAAGGCUGCGCUUGGAGAAGUGGCAUCAAUGGAGCUUAAACCAGCCAAUGACAUGGAUCCCUUGGCAGUGUCAGCAGCUUCAGUAGCGUCGAUGUCUAAUGACGUUUUGAAGCCGGAGACGCCCAAGGGGCCAAUUAUAAUCAGUAAAAACUCAUCAAGUGGCGUUUUUUACGGACCAUCCUUCACUAAACGAGAGUCUUUAAAUGCUCGAAUGUUCCUGAAAUAUUAUGGUGCACACAGAUUUCUAGACACCUACCUCCCCGAGGAUUUGAACUCGUUAUAUAUAUACUAUCUGAUUAAGUUGCUAGGCUUUGAAGUCAAGGAUCAAGCGCUUAUCGGCACCAUCAACAGUAUUGUUCAUAUAAACCCGCCAGAGCCCCUCCAAGAUUUGGAAAGUACAAUUUCUGUUACAAGUGUGGAAGACCCGUUGGCAAAAAAGCAAACAGUUCGUCUAAUCAAAGAUUUACAAAGGGCGAUUAACAAGGUUUUGUGUACAAGAUUAAGAUUAUCCAAUUUUUUCACCAUUGAUCAUUUUAUUCAAAAAUUACAUACCGCUAAAAAAAUUUUGGUCCUGACUGGUGCAGGUGUUUCAACUUCAUUAGGGAUCCCUGACUUUAGAUCUUCUGAAGGGUUCUAUUCAAAGAUCAGGCAUUUGGGGCUCGAUGAUCCUCAGGACGUUUUCAAUUACAAUAUAUUUAUGCACGAUCCUUCUGUUUUCUAUAAUAUUGCAAAUAUGGUUUUACCGCCAGAAAACAUUUAUUCUCCAUUGCAUAGUUUCAUUAAGAUGCUACAAACAAAAGGGAAGUUAUUGAGGAAUUAUACUCAAAACAUUGAUAAUUUGGAAUCUUAUGCUGGAAUAAGCACAGAUAAACUGGUCCAGUGCCAUGGCUCUUUUGCUACUGCCACCUGUGUUACUUGCCAUUGGAACCUACCCGGUGAGAGAAUAUUUAAUAAAAUUAGGAACCUCGAACUUCCAUUAUGCCCGUACUGCUAUAAAAAAAGAAGAGAGUAUUUCCCGGAAGGAUAUAAUAGUACUUCAAAUUCUAAUAAAGUAGAAGUCGCUGCAUCUCAGGUUUCAGCACCGGAAAGGCCUCCAUAUAUCCUCAACUCAUACGGUGUUCUCAAACCCGAUAUCACGUUCUUUGGUGAAGCUCUGCCAAAUAAAUUUCACAAGAGUAUUCGUGAAGAUAUCCUGGAAUGCGAUUUGUUGAUCUGCAUCGGGACAAGUUUAAAAGUAGCACCAGUGUCCGAAAUCGUAAAUAUGAUCCCUGCCCACGUUCCCCAAGUCCUGAUUAACCGUGAUCCGGUAAAGCACGCAGAAUUUGAUUUGUCCCUUUUAGGGUACUGCGAUGAUAUUGCGGCUAUGGUAGCUCAGAAAUGUGGCUGGACAAUUCCGCAUAAAAAAUGGAAUGAUUUAAAGAACGAGAACUUUAAAUGCCAGGAGAAUGAUAAGGGCGUGUACAUCGUUACAUCAGACGAACAUCCAGAAAUCUCUAAGUAG